AGAAUCUUCCUCCUUCACCGGCACAUGGUGUCUUUGAGUUUAAUCACAAAACACUUGAGUCAUUCUUGUUUUUUUUUUAUGAUUAGUAAAGCUUUCUGAAAUUUUUGUUUACUACUCCUAUCUGUCAGAUUUUGCCUUUUUGGUUUCUUUACCUUUAUCCUUCUCCCCUCUACUCUAUAUAUAUGGACUAUAUUUCUGGGGUUUGUAGAAUUGAGUUAAUCACACUACUAUUUCUUUGCUGUGAUGGUUGCUAUGAAUUGCACAGCUAUGCAGCAGAAGCUAUCGUUCCCCAACAAGCACGGUGAGAAGCUUGUUGGCAUACUCCACGACACUGGCUCUCCACACCUUGUAAUUCUCUGCCAUGGUUUUCGAUCAUCGAAGAAUGACAAGAUCUUGGUGAGUAUUGCUGCUGCUUUAGAAAAAGAAGGAAUCAGUGCUUUUCGCUUGGAUUUCUCCGGAAAUGGGGAAAGUGGAGGCUCUUUCCAGUUUGCUAACUACUCAAGAGAGCUUGAAGACAUAAGAUCUGUGUUUGAGUACUUCAUUGGAUCGAACCGCUCCCCAAUUGCAGUUGUUGGUCAUAGUAAAGGUGGGGAUGCUGUCAUUCUGUAUGCAUCUAAAUAUCACGAUAUACCUGCUGUGGUGAAUCUUUCUAGUCCUUCUGAUCUCGUAAGAGGAAUGGAGGACCGGUUUGGUAAAGAUAUCUGGAAUAGACUCACCAAAGAUGGAUAUGUGGAUAUUAUAUCCAAAACAGGUGAAUUGGAAUACCGUCUCACUGGAGAAGGCAUGAGGGAGCGACUCAAUACAGACAUGCGUGAAGCCUGCCGUUCAAUUGAUGAGAAAUGCAGGGUGCUGACAGUGCACGGGACAGAUGAUGAGGUUAUCCCGGUUGGAGAUGCAUAUGAGUUUGCCAAGAUGAUACGAAGCCACCAGCUGAAAAUCAUACAAGGAGCCAAUCAUGGAUACACUUCACAUCAAGAAGAGAUGGUCUCAGCUGUUCUGCCUUUCCUCAAGGAAUGCAUGAGCCGCUCAGGCUCAUCAUGUGGAGGGUGCAGGGAUUGAUUCAUAGCUAAUAAUGCCCCAUCCUUUGUUCCAGAAAAGACUUAUGCAACUUUGAACAUUUUAAAUUUCAAGAAAAUAGGAUUAUGGUGUAUGUUUAUGUCUAUUUAUGUACACAACAAUUUCCUAAUCCAAACAGUGGUGAAGUAUUUUUCUUCUUUAUCAAUAACAUUAUGCAGCUAAUUUAAUCUCAA